AUGUCAAACUCUGAAGAGGAGACAGAGGUUCUUCCGACCUUUGUGUCUUCCAUCACCAAAUCCUCACCACUUGUAUACUUCUACCAUGUUAUCGAUCCCGAGACAGCCACUCUCACUGUUCAGGUGCUGGGAGCUAACAUCUCCUUCAAGUUCAGCCAUCUGAAAGCAAAAGCUGUUAAUAAACCAUCUACAAUUACGCAGCAACUCGAGAACAAGACCACAGGCUUCAUCGCCCUUGUGACACUUGAUUCUCGACGUAUUGUCCUUGCCGCUGCCGAAUCAGGACAUGGCCUAGGCCGAUACGGUGAUCUACUCGACAAGAGAAAAGGCGUGCUUCCAAAUAGUAUUUGGACAAAGCGAGUUGUGGCCUUCGGUAAGACCCUUGGAUUGAAUAUGAAAAGACUAUUCGAUAACCCUCAUCGAAUGGCUGGGAACAGGGAAGGCAUCUUUCUCGGGUCUCACGUCGAAGUCAAACUCGCUGUUCACGGCAUUUGUGUUCUUCUUCAAAUGUUCAAUAUCACCAAAGACUUUGGCAAUGUCACCUUGCAGCAGCUGAGUCAACUUCGCCAAGCUCGCUGGGAGGACGGAUCGCGCCCUGUCUUCGAAGUAUACUUCUCACGAAAGUUCUGCCAGCCUUGCAGAAGUCUCGUGGAGAAGCUCCAGGAAGCCACUGGAGUCACUAUCAGACUAUCUUGGAGGCACCGACUGGUCAUGAAAACAUACCCGUGCAGACAAGUUAAGAACACCCGGCGCCCUGGUGACACUCGACCAGAACAAGCGUUUGAUAGCCAAGACUAUGACUUUGGAGACAUUCUGCCUGAUGAUUCAGACAUAGAAGUCAUCUCAGAUGACGAAGACACCAACGAUUGCGUCGACACCAUCGAUCUUACUAACAUCCGCUCAACAUCCCCCGCUGGUAUCUCGGCAGAGAUCGACGAUCUCCUUGACGGCCUCGCCUAUCGAGUAGGUCAAAUGGAAGACUGUCCAGAGGGCGCAACGGCCGCUAUCGUCGGCUUCGCAAGGACCAUGGCGUCUCACAACAAAAAGAGCAACAACCCCUUAAACGCCCAGAAUGUUAACAAGCCACUUCCAGCCACGCCGGUCAUAGAAGCACCAGAGGACGUGAUUGAAAGCAGUGAGCGACGACAUACGUUUCCCCGGGCGCAGAGACGUCUCUUUGGAGAACCACGUAACACGGAAACGUCCCGAGCGAGGAGUGCGUCUCCCCUUCGUGGUAACGGAGGAACAAUCCGAGAGCGCUCGCCGAGACGAUACAAUAUGGGAGGUUCGGGUCGAUUUACAGUGGAAAUCCCCCGUAGGCGAUCGUUGGGCAAAAACCGUUCCAGACCUCGCUCUUUUCGCUGA